AUGGCCAGAAUCUCUGCCCUAUUCCGCAAGAACGGAAGGCCUCCUUACCCCGUACAUCCAGUGGCUGGUACUGGAUAUUCUGUAACGGGUGAUUCGCAUCCUGACUCGACCGAUGUUGAAGGAGAUAUAUUACUCCCGCUCGUUCAAGAGCUCGAAUCGCUGUACUGGGCCGGCGUGGACGGGGAGAUCGACGGUAUCAUCGCGACACUGCGCCAAUGGCAACAGCCCGAAUUCAGCAAGAUCCGCCAGGACGACACCAAAGGGACAAUCGACGGCUUUGACAACUUCAUCGGCCAAGUCGUCCAGCCCGUCAGGAUCAAAGAUAUCCCCGACAUCCCCUCACACACUGCCUACGCUUCAGACGUCGUCCGAGAGCGCCUGGUGCAAAGCCUACAUGCCCGCGCAGCAGAACUCGCUGCCGAGCGAACACGGUCGAAGGUGAAUCUCGCCGUGCACCAGGAGCUGCUCCGUCGUCCCGAGGAGAGUGAUCCUGCCCGACGACGGGCGCGGUUACUCCUGCAGGCGGCCGGCUUGCUCGACAUCGACAAGGCCGUGCUGCACCGCCCCGUCAAGACGGCUACCAUCCUUACUCCGCAGCUGCAGCUCACCAAGCGACGGAUCUGGGGAUGUCCGGUGGUUGCCGGAAGGCCCUGCAUGGAGUGCAAGCAGGUCAUCCGGGGUAGCAUGUUCGAGCAGUCGGUUGGAAAGACGGUGAUCUGCGAGGACUGCUACUGGGCCAAUCACUACGGCGACCGCUCGUACGUGAAGCGGUGCAAGCAUACCAUCGUCGACGAGGUUACCGGCGCUGUUGAGGAGCAUUCCAAGUGCCAGCGGUGCUUUCGGGCAUACUCCAAGAACAAACGGCCACACUACUACGGGUCGCGGGCAGUGCUGCCUCUGAUCACGGAUACGAAGUACCAGAGCAUCCAUACGACGAGGAACGGGGCACACAAGGUUCAACCUGUUCCCCUGGCGAGCCUCAUCCAGGAGGAUUAUCAGAAGCGGCAGGGGACGCUCCGAUAUGGGUACGCCGAGUUUGAGUAUUGCACGACCGGGGAGGAGAGGCUGUACAAGGACUUUGUACAAGAAGAUGCAUGGAAGGAUGUUCACAUGGUCGUUCGGAUAGGGCCGCUGGUCAUUGAGAAUGGCAUGGGACAGAAGCGGACUGGUGCCACGAUCGCAGUCCGGGAUCGGAUCUUUGGCGGUUCAGACGGAGCGGACAAGUUACAUCUCACUGUCAUUGGCGACUCACCAAGACGACUGCAACAUCAGAUACGUCGUCAUCCGCAGAAGCCAGCCCGCUACCAGGCGAUACUCAAACAAGUGGUCGGCACGCCAUUCACGGGGUGGCCUCUCGCUCCAGAAGAGGAAGAGAUCAUCGAUUCUUUGCUCAAAGCCUGUGAGAGCGAGACAUCGCAUUCGGAACUGAAGGACCGAAUCAAGAAGUAUCUCCAGCCAUGGGUGUCGGUUUACCUACAGACCAUUGCCGAAAGGCUGCUCGAUGAAAACAUGAAACUGGCGUAUACUCCGACGGACAACUGCGCGAAGUUCUGUGACUCCCUGCUCGACUGGCAGCUCUUCGGUCCUCUGUUCUCUGACCACUCCGUCACUUCCGCGGGCAACACGGCCCAACCGCUCUACCGGAUGAGCUUUCUCUGCCGGUCUGGUGCAUUCGGCUCAGACCCAUUCAACAUUCCACAAAGUGUCGAGGAUGUUCCAUAUGGACUGACAGAGGAAUACCUCCGCCGGUUCAACUUUGGAUGUUAUCCAGGUGCGGAUGUACUCGACUCGCUGCACGAGUACUGGCAGGACUGGGCAGGGAUCAUCAGGCCGCCAAGUCCAUGGCCAGAACUCUUUCCCUGGGACUGUACGGAGGCAGUGCACGGCUAUCCCGUCAAGUGCGGGAAAUGCACACUUUCCAAACAUCUCUGGGCCUUCCCAUUUGAUUCGUGGUCGAUCAUUGCGCUGCACCUGUCCCGCGAGCAAUGCAUGUAUCCCGGCAAACAACAGUCAACUGAAGAACCAUGGAUCCGCCAACGGCUCACUCUGCUGACAGCACUGGAUACCCUCUGCGCCGGGGCAACAGCCAUGUCCCACGUUCCGUACUUCCGCAGUACAACCGAGUGGCUUCACAAGCAAUCAGAUCCCACCAUCGACCGGGUGAAACUAGGAGGCAUCCACCGGGCCCAGCCGAGCAGCCACUCCCUGGAGCAGCGCACACACGACGCAUUCUUCGCCGCUGAUUGGAUCACUUGUUCCCCCAUUGACCGGGAGAAGUAUUAUGGGGUCAUCCGCAAUAGGCGCCAUGAUCCACGACAACCGCAUGAUGUGCCAAAAAUCCUCUGGCGGCGGGGUGGUGGUGGCGGAAGCAGUACUCUUCCUGUAUCGGUCAUGGUGUCUUCCGUUCCGGAACGGGAUGCUCCCAAUGCAAUGUUUCUGGCAUCGACUACGAUUCUUGCCGGCUGUGGCGCGUGUGGGACUCAAUCCCAUGCUGUCGGCUGUGCUGCAAAUACCGGUGCAGACUGUGGUGGGACGUAUACCGGCGGAGGGGGUGGUGGGAGCAGUGGUGAUGGAGGAGGCGGAGGAGGCGGAGGAGGUGAUAGCGGAGGUGGUGGCGGAGGCGGCGGCGGUGGGUGUGGUGGAGGAUGCGGUGGUGGAUGCGGUGGUGGAGGUGGUGAUUGA